AUGUUAAACCGGACGUGGAUUAUAGGAAUCAAUGAAAAAUUUCACACAUAUUUGGCGCUUAAAUAUAUCAAUCAAUUGAUUGAACUCAUGAAACGCCUGGACAUCGAGGCUGAAGAAGUGAUUAAAUUAAGGCUUAAAUUACGGAAUUUGUUGCGCGAAUCAACUCUUUAUAAAACGAAAUUAGUUUUAGAGAAAGUAAUUGAAGCGAAAUUGUCGUACGAAAGCGCUUUACUUUAUGGCAGAUUAGGUGAUCACGAAAGGGCUCUCACUAUAUUUGUUCGCCAAUUGAAUGAUUACAAACUCGCGCAACAGUAUUGUAUUGAAUUGUAUUCGGCCGACAAUGAACUCAAACAACGCUAUCAACUUUUUCACACACUUCUCGGCAUUUAUCUCGACAUUAAUCAAAGAAAUGGCACCGAAUUAGUGAGUCCUGCGCUUCAAUUACUUAAUAGCGGUGACACUGAAUUCAAUACAAUCAAAGUAUUGCAAUUGAUUCCUCACAAGUGGACCCUUUCUACGAUCCGACAGUUCCUAAACAAAGCCAUUCUUCAGUCAAUGCAUGGUUUGCGGCAAUCGUUAGUCACAAAAGGUUUGGCCACAACUGAGAACAGAAUUGUUAAACACGAAAGAAUCGUCAAUGAAAGACACAAUCUAGUGAUCAAUGAACACACUGUUUGUUCGCUCUGUAAGACAGCUCUAAACGAACCCCAAUUUAUAUGGUAUCCACGCUUUCAACUCCUAUUGCAUCCACACUGUAGUCAAAGUCUAACCACCGAUUCUACUGCUAAAUGCUGUACUAAAUGA